AUGCGAAUUCAAGCGCUUCCAGUUGCCGCCCUAUUACUGUCGGUCUAUGGCCAGGCCAUCUCACAGAUCGCCAAUGGUCUGAGUUUUGAUGGCGCUGACACCGUGAGAUUACUUUGGGGUUUAGACAGCGGGUCCUCUUCGAGUUAUGACUUCUAUCUCUGCGCUGGGGACGAGAGUAAAGACUCAUACGAUUCCCUGUCGCAUGUUAUAAAGAAUGGCGUAUAUACUGCUGGUGACAUGGUGUCAUUCAAAGUCGACCAGGAUAUCGGUGGGAAUGAUCCUAAUGCAUACUUCCUCAAGAUCGUUCUAUCAGGCUCACAAGAGUAUUGGUCUGGAUUCACCUCUCACUUCACCUUGACCAACAUGACAGGUUCAUUUUCGACUAAGGUAGCCGAUGCCAUCAAGACCAUGCAGCCGAACCCCGCAAUCGCCAUUCCCUGGCCCCCGGUCCAAGACGAUGACCACCUUCUGGAAGCAGCAGAAGUUGCAUCCGCCUUCAACAUCUCCAGUCUCACAACGACCUCAACAGGGACCGUCUUGCAGUUCCAAACUCCAGCUGCUCAUCCUGAAUCUGAGCAUAGUGAGCUACGGAAACGACAAUUCGCCGGCGCUGGCGCCAUUGGUGCUGCUGGAGUUGUCGGGGCUGUUGGCGCUGACGUGGAGGCAGCUCCGGUUGCUGCGAUUGAUUAUCAUACUGUUCCGUAUGGGGAGCAGACUGGUGCAACCAAGUAUGCACCUAUGCCCAAGAAGGCCGGUACCACGAUUGCUACUAGAUCGGCUACUCCUCAAUAUCCGCCUUUCCCAUUUUCCAUUGCGACUACAUAUCUGGGUGCACCAACUGUCCAAUACACUGAUAUGGCUUACGCGACAUGGACCGCAAAAAGUAUUGAAAACACGGCUUCUCCUGCUCCAAUGCCCACAUUGGAUAAGAGAAUGCAAAAGUGGCUAGAUCGUUGGCAAGAUUGA